UCGAGUACGUGAAGCAAGCCGCUCGAGAAGAACACCAAGAUCAGAGAAGCCAUCUCCCAGAAAUUCACAGAGUACCUCCGCCGCGCGGAGGAGAUCCGCGCCGUUCUCGACGAAGGAGGAUCGGGGCCCGGAUCUAACGGCUUCUGCAGCAUAACCAAUGUUAUCAUUCGAAUAUGAGCAGUUUGGGUGUGUGUUUUGUAGAGAGUAUGGGCGACGAAAUCAUGAACAAAUCUCUGAAACAAAGAUCGAAGAUCAAACCCAUUGUUAGGGUUUCUUAUGGAUCUCUCUCUAUCUCUGAACCUUUAUUAACCUGGAGGUUUGAGGUAGCAAUGUCGGCUUCGAGAGGUGGUGGUCCUGACCAGGGACCGUCCCAACCUCAGCAGCGACGGAUCAUGAGGACUCAGACCGUUGGUAAUCUCGGAGAAUCAUUCGAUAGUCAAGUCGUUCCGUCCUUGCGUUGAGAUUGCCCCUAUUCUCCAUGUUGCUAAUGAGGUUGAAUCUAGCAACCCUAGAGUUUCUUAUCUCUGUCGGUUCUAUGCGUUCGAGAAAGCUCACAGGCUGGAUCCCACCUCCAGUGGAAGAGGAACAUGAUUCUACACUGAUGGGCAGGGUUGAGAAAAGUGAUGCCCGUGAGAUGCAGAGCUUUUAUCAACAUUACUAUAAGAAGUAUAUUCAAGCUUUGCAAAAUGCUGCUGAUAAGGCCAACCGUGCUCAGCUGACAAAGGCAUACCAAACUGCUAAUGUUUUGUUUGAGGUGUUGAAGGCUGUUUAUCUUACACAGUCUAUUAAGGUUGACCAAAAGAAUCGAGGCAAGUGUUUUGGCUGCUGAAAGAGCGUGAGCUGACGCCAAGCAAUUCCAACAUCUUGGACGG